AUGGACGCAGACGAGUUGAUGACGUUGACGGUUAAUGGACUUAAAGACAAGUUACGGGAGUUGGGGAUUUCGACUUCAGGACAGAAGCGUGAGCUUCAAGACAGACUACUCCAGCACUACGGUUUGUCGCGAAACGAGGCUAGUGAUAAUGAGUCCAAUCAGUCGGUAUAUAACGAUGUUGAAGAAAGCAACAAUCUUUUGCCUUCUCGGUCCUUUAUGCAUCAACAACAGUUCACCCUCAAAGAUUUGGGUGAUUGUAUUAGUCCCUUCACCGGAGAAGGAUCCGUUGAUAUUAAGUUUUGGGUUAAUGAAUUCGAAAUGAACGCAGCUAUUGUUAAGUGGAAUGAUUUGCAAAAAUUUGUAUACGGUAAGCAGCUUCUGCGCGGUGCUGCUAAACUAUUUAUUAAAAGUCAAAGCAAUGUUAACAGUUGGGUAUCGUUAAAAACUGCUUUAAUUAACGAAUUUUGUUGUAAAUUGUCUUCAUCGGAAGUUCAUAAAAUUUUGAAGAAUCGACGUAAGAACGCAAAUGAAACGUUUCGCGAAUACCUGUACAAUAUUAUUGAGAUUGGCAAACAGAUUAAUUUGGAAGAGGCAAGCAUUAUCGAUUAUUUCAUAGAGGGAAUUCCCGAUUCUAAAUUUAACAAGACUGUGUUGUAUCAAGCAAAGAGUGUUGAGGAUUUAAAAGAACAAGUGAAAAUUUAUGAAAAGAUACGCAGGUCCAAUGUAGCUCUAGGUAAAGUAGAAUCAAACGAUACAGCGAAAGAUAAGGGCAGCUCAGGUGUAAAACCAAAAGCAGAAUUGGUUAAAAGGUGUUUUAAGUGUGGCGACAAAGCGCAUAUGGCAGCUCAGUGUUCACAAAAGCAGUUUAAAUGUUUUAAGUGCAACGAGAUGGGUCAUCGCUCUUUCGAAUGCAAGGGCAAGGGAUCCAAAGAAACAAAAAAAGAACCGAGUUCAGUCAACACAUUGACAGAUGAGAUCUUUCAACCGUUUUUGAAUAGUGUGAAAAGUGAGUUGCAUUUUAAGACCGUUAAAAUAAAUGACUUUAGCUUUGAAGCACUAAUCGAUUCAGGGUGUUCACUUAAUUUAAUCCGAUAUGAUACGCUUUUAAUGAGCGGGUGCGAGACAAAGUUGGGUGGUGAUAAGAAGAAGCUUUACACUGCAUGUGCGAACGUUAUUGAAACAAUAGGCAGCUUCGAAACCUUGAUGCACGUAGAUAACUUAUCGUUAAAUAUAGUUUUCCAUGUAGUCAGAGAACAGGACAUUCAGUUCGCAGGAAUGAUAGGAAAGGCCAUUCUUAAAGAUGUUGACAUUAUAUUAACGGAUGAAGAAGUUCUUUUUAAGAAAAAAGAUUCGGCCGGUAAGCCAAUAUUUAAAGACAGUCAAGCAACAGCGGAUGCUGAAAAGUUUAAACUCGAUAGUAAGGAAGUUAGUUUAGAAAAGUCGGAGGACAAACAAGGGUGGAUUCAAGAGUUCGAUGUCAUGAAUUUAACAGAGAUGAAGGAUAAGCCUACACUGAAUUUGGAGUAUUUAGGAAAGAGUUUUGCUAAAGCGGUAGAAAGUUUAGUUAGCGCAUACGCACCUGCAGGGAAUUGUCCAUCGCCAGUAAAAAUGCAAAUAGUAUUAUCAGACGAAAUACCUGUAUAUCAACGUCCGCGACGUAUGCCCUUUGACGACCGACGAUUUGUUGAUAAGCAAAUAGAGGAGUGGUUACAAGAAGGAAUAAUUCAGCCCAGUAGCUCUAAUUAUGCUUCGCCCAUUGUAGUUGUCCCUAAGAAAGAUGGAAAAACUCCUACUGGUUGGUAUAAGCACAUAGAUCGAGUACAACAGUUUAUAAAUAAGACGUCGCCACGAAGCACAAAGCAGUCGCCUUUCAAAAUAUUGACUGGACUUGAGAUGCGUACGGCCAAUAUGCCGGAGCUUCAAGACCUCCUUGAAGACGCCGCCGUUGAUGAACUGAAUGAAGAUCGCGAGGUUGUACGGAAGGAAGCUAAGGAAAACAUAUUAAAAAUUCAAGAGGAAAAUC